ACCGUACAUGUACAGUUGUUGUCCACCUGGUCAUGGUAGCCACCGACAUUGCCCAUCAUCACACGUGUUGUGUUUAUGAUCCUUGUCUGUUGUUGUGUUUAUGAUCCUUGUCUGGUGUUGUGCUUGUUGUGCUGUGAAGGAGACGGUGGCAUGCGGUUGUGGCAAGAUGAGCGAUAGUGUGCUGUGCACUACGCACGGUAGAGGGAAGUGCAUCGACCGCGCUACCUGCUUUCACACAGUCGACGUGUUUGAGCCUGGAACGACUCCAAUGUGUCCCGUCUUGAACAAGGAGGCGAGGAUCCCCAAUGGAGGACUGUCCUUCUGGAAGAGAUGGACUCAGGACCCUUCAAACCUUGUCCUGCGCCGAGAACCGACUCCAUCAGGCUCAGCGUGUGUGGGCACUGGCGGUGCAGCCAUCAGUUUACUUUACAUGUCACCGGAGGAAUACGUGUCGGCCAAGUACUGCAACCUGAACAACGCUGAUAAGCUGGUGACACUUACCGACUUGACUGAUCUCGGAAACAAGAUGGCGGAGUACUUGACUCUUGCGGAACGAAAGAAACUGGCCAAGCAGCUGGUAAUGGCAGCCGGUGAGUUUGUCAACAACUUUGAGAGCAUCAUGACCACUUACAUCAAGGAGAACCGACACGGCCUAGCGGAUACCGACAAAGUGGCCGGUCAGCUCUUCUACAUCGUCCACAAGAAGGAGAUCAGCUGCAAGGAGCUUCUGUGCAUCUUGGCAGCGUUCACUCAGGAGGAAGUCGUCGCGAGAGUAGCACAGAUUAAUGAGCGUGCACGGUUCAUUGACGGUUGAGCUCACGAUCCGGUCGUUCCUAGCCGGCAAGGCGUCCGACAAAACCUGAUGUUCCGCGUAGGUUUGCCGUGUGUGGCCGUGGUGGCCAAUGCCUAUCUGCGCUUGCUCAAAGUAGUGUGCAGGCUGCACUUUGAACAUCGACAAUAGUGAAACGGAAUCAUGCCCUGCAUCAGGUUUGUCAUUCAUUUCUUUGUUCUGCAUGUUCUGAUUUGGUUGAUAAUGGAUGCCAAGUGAAUUGAAUGACCGUUUUUCUAGAUAUUUUUCAUCUUUUUUUGCACCGUCUCCCGCCGCUUUUUGAAAUUAAAAAUUAUCCUCUUGAAAAUUCUUUGCAUAAACUACACAUAAUUAUUAUGCAGCGUAGCACUUUUAGUUUCCUUCAUACAACUUUAGUGGGUUUCCCACACCAGUUUUGCAUAUUUGUUUGAUUUAUCAUUUCCCCAAAUUUUUCUUUAGAUUUAGCAGUGCUUGAGAAGUAGCAAUGUAUCACAACUACAUACAUUGACACACACACACACACACACACACACACACACACACACACACACGCACACACACACACACGCACACACACACGCACGCACACACACAUACACACACACACACACAUCCACACACACACAUGCCGAUGUGCACACAUGCGCUGACACACACAUGCAUACAUGUACAUGCAAAUACUUCCGGCAAGACGCACAGACGCCUCGUCUGUGCAUGCAUAUCAAGGACAGGUUUUGAUCAAACCGCUGUCCAUGCACUGCUUCGCCAGUGUCGCUGCGUCUCCCACAAGCAAUGUGAAUAUUCUUGAACUGGAGUCCCACCUUGUUCCACUCUUGAUAUUUUUCCUUUAUUUGGAGUGUGCCCCCCCCCCCCCCCUACUUCCUCACCCGGAAGUUGCAAUUCAGCGUCUGCUUCCUGUGCUCGUAUUUUGCCGUUUUUUCAAGUUUUUCGCCUUCUCCGGUAUUUUGCAGUUUAUUGAUUAUGUGCAAUCAUUAUAGCAUUCAUUGUAUUCAAGCCGGACCCCGGCACUGCACAACCACAGCAGUCGGCCGGUCUGACUCGAUUUUCAAAAGACUAAGUACACGCUCCUCUCAGUUAGGGCAGUCAUGUGACAUGCUCCAGGAAGUAAAGUUUUGAAUAGAACC